GCUGGAACGGCGGCUGCGGGAGCUGCGGGAGGAAACUCAGGCGUGGAACCAGCGCUUCUGGGCCCGGCAGAACACCGCCUUCCAGCGGAGGGUAUUAGGCACUGGGCCGUUACAUGAUUUAAAAAUAAAGGCUUACUUCAAGGACCAAACGCCUCAAAUUCUAAUGUGGAAAAAAAAUCUUUUAGGAAAAAGAAGAAUUUAUCUACUCAAGACUGAAAGCCAAGGGUCUGGAAACGAGAGAUGAAACAGAAUGUAUGAAAACAUGUCCACAAUGGUGUAUCUAAAGGAAGAGAAGUUGGAGAAGCUCACUCAAGAUGAAAUCAUUGCCAAAACUAAGCAAGUGAUUAAUGGACUGGAGGCAUUGAAGAAUGAGCACAAUUCAAUUUUACAGAGCUUACUUGAAACACUGAAAUGUUUGAAGAAAGAUGAUGAAACUAAUCUGGUUGAAGAAAAGUCAAACAUGAUUCGAAAGUCACUGGAGAUGCUGGAGCUCGGCCUUAGUGAAGCACAGGUAAUGAUGGCCUUGUCAAAUCACUUAAAUGCAGUGGAAUCAGAGAAGCAAAAACUGCGUGCUCAGGUUCGCCGACUGUGUCAGGAAAAUCAGUGGCUACGGGAUGAACUGGCCAAUACACAACAGAAGCUACAGAAAAGUGAGCAAUCUGUGGCUCAGCUGGAGGAAGAGAAGAAGCAUCUAGAAUUCAUGAAUCAAUUAAAAAAAUACGAUGAUGAUAUUUCACCAUCAGAGGACAAAGAUACAGAUUCCACCAAAGAGCCUUUGGAUGACUUAUUUCCGAAUGAUGAAGAUGACCAAGGACAGGGAAUCCAACAGCAGCAUAGCAGUGCAGCAGCUGCUGCCCAACAAGGUGGCUAUGAAAUUCCAGCAAGAUUAAGGACCCUUCACAAUCUUGUUAUUCAGUACGCUUCCCAAGGUAGAUACGAGGUUGCUGUACCUCUUUGUAAACAAGCUCUUGAAGAUCUGGAGAAGACUUCAGGCCAUGACCAUCCUGACGUUGCCACUAUGUUGAACAUACUUGCUUUGGUGUACAGAGACCAGAACAAAUACAAAGACGCAGCGAAUCUCCUGAAUGAUGCCUUGGCUAUCCGUGAGAAGACUUUGGGCAAAGAUCAUCCAGCGGUGGCAGCAACUCUAAAUAAUCUUGCAGUUCUUUAUGGUAAACGGGGAAAGUACAAAGAAGCUGAACCUUUGUGUAAGCGAGCUCUGGAAAUCAGAGAAAAGGUCCUGGGGAAAGAUCACCCCGAUGUUGCCAAACAGUUAAAUAACUUGGCUCUACUAUGCCAGAACCAGGGUAAAUAUGAGGAGGUAGAAUAUUACUAUCAGAGAGCGCUGGAAAUUUACCAAACUAAGCUGGGACCAGAUGAUCCAAAUGUUGCAAAAACAAAGAAUAACCUGGCAUCCUGCUACCUAAAACAGGGCAAAUUUAAGCAAGCGGAAACUUUGUACAAAGAGAUUCUUACUCGUGCUCAUGAACGGGAAUUUGGCUCUGUAGAUGAUGAAAAUAAGCCUAUUUGGAUGCAUGCAGAAGAGAGGGAAGAGUGCAAAGGAAAGCAAAAAGAUGGCACAUCUUUUGGAGAAUAUGGUGGCUGGUACAAAGCUUGCAAAGUUGAUAGUCCAACAGUAACAACUACAUUGAAGAACCUUGGGGCACUUUACAGACGACAAGGCAAAUUUGAAGCUGCUGAAACAUUAGAAGAGGCAGCAAUGAGAUCUCGUAAGCAGGGUCUUGACAACGUUCAUAAACAGAGAGUUGCUGAAGUGCUCAAUGACCCUGAGAGCACAGAAAAAAGGCGAAGCAGAGAAAGUCUCAAUGUUGAUGUGGUAAAGUACGAGAGUGGUCCUGAUGGAGGCGAGGAAGCCUAGAUGCCUUGUGUGAUUCUUAUACUGUCUCCUGCAUGAAGGGCGUGCACCAUCUUCAAGCUUUAACUUCUCUCUUCAGUACUGACUGCUGUGUUUUAGCAAACCCCCUAAGAUUCUUGUCAGCUACACUUCCCUGUAAACUGGCCAUUCCUUCAGUGCUGGUGUCUUUUUGGUUUCUAUUUCUGUACACGUGUAGCUUUGCCAAAUAUGUAUCUAGUCAUACAAAAUGUUAUUACAACCAUUUGCUGUGUAAUACAUUAGUAAAGAAUUAACAAUGAACUUUAUAAGUAGCUGUUCACUAUGGGAAAAAAGGUAGUUAAAAGUAUCACACAAGAUAUUAUUAAAAUGGCAUGAUGGUGAUCUUUACAGGAGGAAAAAAAAAACCAAACCCAAACCCUUAAAAGUAAGGCAUGUUCUCCAAGUGCUUUAAAAUGUAUUUAGAGACCUAUUACAUGGUUAACAUCAAUAUGGAACUCUGGAUGUCUUCACUUACGAUUAUUCUAAAGUAGCAUUGCUGUUUAGUCUUCGUGUGAAAUUUUGGCAAAUAUGCUUUUCUCUACUAAUCUUGGUGUUCAGUGAUUUGUGUAUUUGUCUUUCUAACUUCUAAUAAACUCACUCCAACUCAGGUGUCUGUCUUUGUCUGCUUAAUAGCACUUUGCUUUCUUCUACAACUCUUCCUUAUAACCACAUAGGGUAUUUCUGAAGUAGGCAGUGGUCACUUCUAAUCUCACUAAACUGUUUUGUUUUUUUUUUUAAGAGUAAAAUAUUAAAAAAUAAAAUUAUGCUCGUCUGAAAGCUUUGGAUGAGCACAGCAGUGUAAAACAUGAAUGCAAGGUAUAGAAAACACAUUUUUGACGUGUUUUACAUUUGCCUUGGUGAGAGUUAAAAUGAUGCACGUGAAUUUAACCAUCAAUGUCUCUGAUCAGUGAUGUUAGGAUUAAUUGAACAUGUUUGCAACUAACGGAGGUAUCUAGAAAAAAAAAAUAAAGCAGUUUUUUCCUAGACUGGAAUGCUUUUGCUUGGGGCUUGUAUCCGUUGAACACAAUGUGCUGAUAUGAGAUGGUACCAUGGUGACGGUGAAAGGUUUGACAUAUUGUGGUGGCUUUCUUCUAAUUGUUAUGAAUCAUCACUUGAGCAUGUCUUCACAUUUCAGAAAUCUUUGAUACGAUUUGAUGGGAGAAACCAAUUUGGAUUGGUAAAGUUGUAGCUCUGUAGUAUUCUGUACUUGGGUAAUUUUACCACGUCAGUAUUCAUAACAGUAAACGUUUUGGAACCAGGUUUGGGGAGGGCUACGGACUCUCGCAGUUUCACAUCUGUUCAAUUUC